AUGUACAUGGAUGCAGUCAGGACCAAGAGGCUACCAAAUCCAGGAAGCUCAUCUUUUGACACCCUUGAAGUGGCACAGAAAGAUCCUGUCAUCAUGGCAAAACUUCACUUCUACAUGUCCAUCAUCAGGACUUUCAACCCCCUCCUCACCACAUACCAGACAGACCAGCCAAUGAUGCCAUUACAUAUGAACGAUUUGGCAGAAUUGAUUAAGGUAAUUAUAUUCUACUACUGAGCAUUGUUUGUAUAUAUUAUGUACGUGAUGUGACAGUUAUAUUAGAUCAUGUUGAAAAAAAUCUGAAAGAGGAAAACAAAUAAGUAAAGCCGUGUUGACAAAUUGUCAAGGCAAUAUGGCUGCAAUUAUUUGGGUGACAUAUUUAACUUUUCUGUUUACAGUGUAUUUCGAGGGGGUUCAUCAAGAGGGAGAUCCUUCAGGACACCGGUCCACUCCAGUUAGCCUGACUGGAUGUUGGAGACAAAAAGAAUUGGGUCGGUUCUAAGGAAGUGACCAUUGGCUUGGGUGCAGAAUCAACCAUGAAGGUAGUGUUUCAAGUUAUUCAUUUAUGUAUUUAUUUUUAAAUAUUACAAGGAUCCAGAAAAUUGAUUUACUAGUUGUUACAUAGGUUACUCUCACUAUCCCUGUCAGGAACUUCGGAGACAGAAUAAGAUAGGAGAACUCACAGUCUUAGAGUUUAAGAUGGACUGCAUUAAGCUAUACUGCAGAAAGUGCAAAAAAAGAGCCCCUAAAAAUAUCCCAGUGUGAGGCAGCUGACCUGUUUGGACCCCAGAAAGAUGUUCUCUGAUCCAGAAUGGUGCCAGGGCAAGAUGAGGAAUCUCGUCCAGAGGUUUCUGCACGAUAAGCAGUUGUCAAGUGUCUGAGCCGGUAUGAGAGAAUAGAGCAGUUUAAGUUUUCUUUAAGCAUUCACUACGGUAUCUGUCUCUUAAUGUAGGGAUGAAGUAAACAGCAUCUAAAGAAGUGUUAGGAAUGUGCAUAUUAUGAAUAUGAAUUUGCCUGAUUCUUAUCUAGUACUGUAAAAUAAAGUGUUUGCAUUUUUUGUUGAAUUUUUCCUGUGCCUUUGUAUUGUGUUUUGCAGGUGACGUGAUUACAUAGCAGUUUUAUGAUUUCUUGUCUGUUGAGACUAGAAAUGACACCUUCCACUCCUACCAACCCACUGAGACAAAAAUGGAUGUCUUCCUUCAUCAAGCUUUCCAGGGCAAAUGCUACUCUGAGCUAUGGGAGUUCGCAUGGCCAGGCAACAGUGGAGCGAGGCUUCUCAAUAAACAAAGAGGUUGAAACAUGCAACAUGCAUGAAGAAACAAUGGUCACCCAGCGACUCAUAUGUGACUAUGUCACUGUUUGUGGGGGUGUCUUCAAGGUCCCCAUCACUAAGGAGUUGCUGACCUCGGCUGCAUCAGCCAUGUCAAGGUACAGAAUGUACCUAGAUGAGGAAAAGCAAAAGAAAAUGAAUGAAUGUGCAACACAGAACCAAAGGGCAGCUGCAGAGCUCAUCGAGGAACUUAAAAAGAAGAAAAAAUGUCUGUCUGAGGUGGCAAAAGUUCUGUUGGAUGAUGCUGAUCAGCUCACCACACAAGCUGAGGGAAAGGCUGGCACCCUGAUGGCACAGCUCAUCACCAAAUCAAACACGCUUUGGAAGUAA